UGCAGUAGCAGCUGGCUUUCCACAGUGUUUACAGGCAUGUGCAGCUGCUGCAGAAGCAGUAAAGGUAUCAGCAGAAUUGGUACUUUGUCACCCCCUCAUACUUAAAGUUCCUCAUUCUGUGUCUCUAAUCUUGUUGCAGACACCGCUUCCAUUCUUAACACAUACAAGACAUCUUACCUUAGUGUCACUUUUGCUCUCACAACCUAACAUUGAACUUCAGCGGUGUGGCCUAUUGAACCCUAGCACGCUUCUCCCUACCGCAGAGGAUGGGGAGCCACAUUCUUGCAAAGCAACAAUAGAAGAACAAACAAAACCAAGAGCAGAUAUUCUGCAAUAUAUACUUUUAUACCAGGAUCAGAAGUUGUUUAUGUAGAUGGCUCAGAAUCAAAAAAUGAUAUGGGAAAAAAUAAAGUUGGGUAUGCUGUAGUUACAUCUACUGAAGUGUUAGAAGCCAAUGCACUCCCUUCUACUUGUUCAGCACAAGCGGCUGAACUCUAUGCUGUGAUCAGGGCAUGUGAACUGUUCAAGAACAAGUCACUUACUAUCUACACUGAUAGUCAAUAUGUGUUUGCAGCUGUCCAUCACCAUGCAAGAGUCUGGAAAAAUAGAGGUUUUAGAACAUCACAGGGCACAUCUCUUACUCAUACAAAUUUGCUACUUAGAUUAUUAGACGUUGUGCAUUUACCGACUCACUUUGCACUGUGCAAAUGCAAAGCACACCAGACUGAUGACUCUGCAGAAACCGCAGGAAAUAGUUUUGCAGAUAAAACCGCCAAAGAAGCGGCACUGAAACAACCUACCUUAUCAGUGGCAGACAUUCUUUUUAUAGAUAGCGAUGUGCUAUGUGAUGCACAGAUUCAUGCUCCUAAAAUAGAAGUACAAAGUUGGAUCAAAAGAGGAGCAAUACAACGAGAGAAAGUUUACUAUAUGAAUGACAAGCCCAUCCUACCAAAAAAUUUAUACAAAACAGCUGCUUUGGUGAGCCAUGGAAAUACUCAUGUCUCAACAGGAGGGAUGGUACAUAUCAUACAACAAUAUUUCUAUGCUAUAAAUUUUUCUGAUUAUGCAAAACAAUUUUGUAGGACAUGCUUAAUUUGUUGUAAACACAAUGCACAAGGAAACAUCAGACCAAAACGUGGCCAGUUCCCCACAGCUGAGUAUCCGUUUCAAGUUGUACAUAUGGAUUUUAUUGAAUUAUCUUGGUCACAAGGAAAGAAAUACUGUCUAGUUAUUAUAGACACCUUUUCUAAGUGGGUAGAAAUAUACCCUGUAAAGCAUUGUGAUGCAAUGACCGUUGCAAAAUGUUUGGUAAGCCAUUAUUUCUCUACCUAUGGCAUACCUCAUAUUAUAAGAUCAGACAAUGGGACUCAUUUUGUAAAUCAGACUAUGUCCCUUUGCUCACAAGCAUUAGGUUUUACGCUUAAGAAUCAUUGUGCGUAUCACCCCCAGAGCGCAGGCUUAGUGGAAAGGACCAACGGCACUAUUAAAACAAGGCUAAAAAAGACAAUGGAAGAGACAAAAAGGCCGUGGCCAGAAUGUUUGUCUCUAGUAAAAUUAUGGAUGAGAAUAACUCCCACUCCUGCAGGAUUAACACCUUUUGAAAUAGUGUAUGGUAGACCAUUUCCCCUAGCAACUGAAAUGAAUGACAUAGAAAAAGCAGACCGAGAAAAUACGCUGGCUGAUUGGAUGCGUAAACUACUAACAUCACAACAAAAACAUAGCCCCAGUAGUCUGCCGGUAAAUUCUGUUUCUACUCAACAGGAUAACUUGCAGCCGGGAGAUUGGGUCCUGGUCAAGGUCCUGUUGCGGAAAGAUUGGAGCACACCUCGGUGGGACGGUCCUUAUCAAGUCCUCCUUACAACACCAACAGCAAGACAGAGCCUGUUUCCAGCGAUGGCGAUGAAGAAGACAUAUAAUUCAUAAUGACGGCCGAGCCGAAAGCACCCGUGCAGGGCUCGGACCUGAAGAACCGGAAUUAAAUGUUUUCCAGGAUAAUGACAAUGUGGUCUAAAUGAAGGUUGUACCUAAAGUGCUUUUGCAACUUGUACAAUGUUGAUGCUUCUGAUCAUACUGUCAUGAUAAACAGGAGGGACUGUUAGGUUGAAGAAACAGUUGUUAAUCAUUUCUGUAUGAUCAGCAAUGAGUGUAAAUAUAUAUGUAUACGUUAUUUCUUAUCUUCUAGCCACAUACUCUUAGCUAUUGUACUCUAAGUAGGUGGUUAACAGCUGCCUACUUAGAUAAGAAUCUCACUUCCCUCUCUUGCG